AUGCCGACCGCCACUCGGUACGAGGACGUCUGCCCUGCUGCUGCUGCCGAAGAACAAGAAGACCCGAUGGCGGACGCUGAGCAAGAGCUCCCUCCCCGCCAGCAGCGACCGAUUAGGCCGCGCGUCGUCCGAACGGCUCGGCGACGCAUGGCGAUGCAGGAGUCCGGGAAUCGCCCCGCCGACGAGCCGAAGGAGCAGAACAAUCGGGACACGGAGAAUGUGCGCUCGAUUGACGUCAACCAGCGUAGCCUCAGGAGACGGCCGCUGCCCUGGCGAGAAGAUCGGGACGCUUCCCCGAAGCGCAUCCCGCAGCCAGCUAGAAGAUUGGCGAUUUUGGCCGAUCGGGACCCAUCUCCCCCUCCGGCACCUCCGGCAAGGCCGAUGGCCGCUCCGAGGAUUCGGCAUUCGGGCGGACUACAGUACCGACCUCGGCGAAGGCACGCAAGAAUGCCUAUCGUCGAAUAUUCGAAUGCCGACGACACGUCCGAGUCGUCGUCUUCAGAGGAUGAGGCCUCAGUUUCGUCACGGGUCCGUGAAUUCCAGCUACUCGUCGCCAGAAAGCAUCGCGGCGAAUUCAGCAAUGUGCCGGAGCGUCGUCAGGUCGAGAUCAACCGCGCCAUCCGCGCCGGCACCUCGCUUUCCCAGGCACAUCCCAUCUAUUCGAACUCUGGCAUGGAAGACAUGCUGCGACCGCAGCGUUUCGACACCAUCCUCGGCAUGGACUCGCCCGACGCCGGGGUCCAGGAGCAGCACGCGUGGAACGCGGAUGAUCGGUCUCUCAAUAUCUUCGUCCGGGAUGACGACAAGUUCACGUUCCACCGCCAUCCGGUCGCUCAGAGCACCGACUGCAUCCGCGGCAAGAUGGGCUACUCGCACGGGUUCCACGUCUGGCAGAUCGAGUGGCCGCAGCGGCAGCGCGGGACUCACGCCGUCGUCGGCGUCGCUACAAAGGAAGCUUCCCUGCACGCCGUCGGCUACGUCAGUCUGAUCGGGACGAACGAGCACAGCUACGGCUGGGAUUUGACCCGGAACGAAUGCCUCCACGACUCCAAGCACUCCUCCGCGUGGGCCUACCCGGUCGGGUUGGGCGGCCGACAGCGAGACGAGGAGUUCCAGGUGCCGGACAAGUUCUACUGCAUCCUGGACAUGGACGAGGGCUACAUGGCGUUCGCCACCGAGAACCAGUAUCUCGGUGUUGCCUUCAGGAAUCUCAAGGGCAAAACCUUGCACCCGAUCGUCUCGGCCGUGUGGGGCCACUGCGAAGUGACGAUGAAGUACCUCGGCGGACUUGACCCCGAGCCCCGACUGCUGAUGGACAUUUGCCGACGCGUCAUCCGCCAAGAGCUCGGCCGUGAGCGCCUUCACUGCGUCGAGGAGCUGCGCCUGCCCGCCGCCCUCAAGCGCUACAUUCUCUACAAA